AUGUCGCAUUUUGUGCCUCCGAUGUUCUGGCCGCAACCCGUGCACUGCGAGUCGGCGUCGUCGUCAGAAUCGCAGCAGCAGCAGCAGCAGCCGCAGCAGGUUCAGGCUGUUGCUGUCAACGGCAACGGCAACGGCAAUGGCAACGGCAACCACGGCGUGUACUGGAUCCCGCAUCUGCCUGGCGAGGGCCGCUUUGUGGUCAAUGCCAAGCUGUACUCGCGCCAAGACGCCGAUCCUUCGUUCCAAGAGCACAUGGAGAAGUUCCGACGCGAAGUAGCAGCAUCUUCGCCGGGCAUGCUCUCGUACAAGACGUCGGUGGUGCGCGGCGUGACGGACAAGGAGAACCUCAUCUGCCACGACCUGUACAUCUCGGACGACCUGGAGCCGCAUCCUGUGCCGAGCACCAAGGAGGGGAAGGAGGCGCUGGCGACCGAGCGUCUCAAGGAGAUACAGGAAGAAAAGCGCGAAAAGCCGGUCAAGAACGCACUGAGCGAGAUCGGCAAGUCGGCAUACAACUUUGGGCUGGGUGGUAUUGCGGGAUCGGUGGGUGCGACGCUGGUGUAUCCGAUCGACCUGGUCAAGACGCGCAUGCAGAACCAGCGUUCGGCGGUGGUGGGCGAGCCGCUCAUGUACAAGAACUCGAUAGACUGCGUCAAGAAGGUCUUUCGCAACGAGGGUGCGCGCGGCUUCUACUCGGGCCUGGGUCCGCAGCUGCUGGGUGUGGCGCCGGAGAAGGCGAUCAAGCUCACGGUGAACGAUCUGGUGCGCGGGCAUGCCAAGGACCCCAUCACGGGCGCCAUCACGCUGCCGUGGGAGCUGUUUGCCGGCGGUGCGGCGGGUGGAUGCCAGGUGAUCUUCACCAACCCGCUCGAGAUUGUCAAGAUCCGGCUGCAGGUGGCGGGCGAGAUCGCCAAGCAGGAGGGUGGUGACCGCGUAGCACGCGGGGCGGUGCAUAUCGUUCGCCAGCUCGGACUGGUCGGGCUGUACAAGGGUGCAUCGGCGUGUUUGCUGCGCGACAUUCCGUUUUCGGCCAUCUACUUCCCCGCCUACGCGCAUCUGAAGAAGGACACCUUCCACGAGGGACGCGAUGGCAAGAAGCUCGGCUUUGGCGAGAUGCUCGCCUCGGCAGCGAUUGCCGGUAUGCCCGCUGCGUUCCUCACCACGCCCGCCGAUGUGAUCAAGACGCGGCUGCAGGUCGAGGCGCGCAAGGGCCAGGCGACCUACAAGGGCAUCGUCGACUGCGCAACCAAGAUCAUGGCCGAAGAGGGGCCCAAGGCGUUCUUCAAGGGCUCGCUCGCAAGGGUGCUCAGGUCGAGCCCGCAGUUCGGCGCAACGCUCGUGGCGUACGAGUACCUCCAAAAGUUCCUCCCGUAUCCGUUUGAGGAUACCGAGGUGGCCGACAUCAUGCGCGACGGCGUGCCGGGCGAGGACCCGUCGAGGACGCAUGCGCGCCGCGCACUCCAGCUCCUCAUCGAGCUGCACGAGGACUUUGGUCGCCCCCCGCCGGCUGCUGCUGCUGCUGCUGCCGCUCCAGCCAAGUGA